UGUCGAAACUGUUUGUCGUUGUCUCAUCACUGCCGAUCGACCGUAUUUUUGUGUAUUUUUCAUAUAUUACAGUGAUUUAAAACUACAAUUUGUGUGUUAAAAUGUGCAAGUAAACAGCCAGAAAAGGGGCUGUAGUUCUAAAGUGUUGUAAAAUUAUGGACAGAGGCAAAAUGUCUUCAACCGGUCGCGGGGGCAAAAGCAAAGCCCCACAGCAUCCUCAAGACAUCUUCGCCCUCGGAAGCAAGUCCACGGUCGUCGUCUCCAGGGACUCGGAGAAGCGGAACAUACACAAACCCACAACUAGCGGAGUAGAGAGAAAACGCGAGGCUACUACAUCAUUUGGCAGCCAGCCCCCUGGCAAGCGGUCCCGCAUUGGCUCCCCGGCAGAGUCCGUGAGCGGAACCUCGCUGGAGGUGGACCCCGUGGACCUGGUGCCGCACGUGCUGCAGGCGCUCGACACGCACAACUCUGAUAAACUGCUGGGUCUCCUAACCGGAUCCAUCCGUCUCCUCAAGUCUCAGCGCUCCAAGCCAGACCCGAUACUAUGCAUGAGUAUGUUAUACCUGGUGAAGAUCCGUCCCAACAUGUUUGCUCACGAGACAGUCACACAAAGCCUCUGCAGCCUCCUGAAGAGGGAGCAGGGCGCCGGCUUCAAGAGCAAAGGGAACCCGCUGGUGUUUGUGCUCGCGUGUAACAUGCUGUACGCUGGACACAAGGAUAACAGGAAUUGGCCUGAUACUUUUAUUAAGGUGUACAUAGAGGACGCGCUGAACGAGCGCUGGUGGGUAGAGUGCGCGUGGUGCCGCUGCCUCGUGGAGAACAUCGUCACCGCCUUCAACACCAAGCUGCCGCCCGCCAGCCUCAUUCCCACCGACAACGCUCUAGGCACGAUGUCGCCAUCGGGCUCCGGAUCUCCGCUGAUGGGCAGCACCGAUGAGGACACCGACAUUGCAGAACUGGAAUACUCCGUAUUCCCAAGAUAUUCGACAUCGUACGAGACGGUGGAGGGGCUGGUGCUGGAGGCCAUCAAGGAGCAGCUGCAGCGUCGCGCCGCGCCCGACGCCAUCGGGAAGGGGUUCUUGAAGCUGCUGGCAGCUACCUGCGGGUUCCCUGAGAUCCGCAUGAUAUCCGCGUCCCGCCUCGAGGCGUGGCUGCACUCGGGCAAGCUGUGGCGCGCGGCGCAGGAGCUGCUGGCGCACGUGUGUGUGAACGCGGACGCGGGCGCUCGCGACCACGAGGUGCUGGCGCAGCUGGCGCGCAUGAGGCUCAAGACCAAGCCGCUGCAGGCCGCCUACAUCACCUGCCUCAAAGAGAUGGUAUCGGGCGGCGGCGCGGUGCUGCGCGGCGUGGUGACUCACACGAUCUACAACGAGCUGUCCAACGUGCGCAGCGCCAACAACCUGGCCGUGCUGGCCGCGCUGCUGCAGGCGCAGCCCGCCGCCGCGCCGCGCGCCAUGAGCGACACCUACCUGGAGCUGCUGAUGCGUCCGGACGAGUACCUCCGCCCCCUCCGCGCGCUCACCCGCGAGUGCGUGCGCGGGGCGCGGGGGGACGCGGGCGCGCUGCUGCCGCUGUGCCGCGCGCUGUGCCAGCCGCCGCCCGCCGAGCCCGCGCCCGAGGUGCGUGAGCGCGCGUUCUCGUCGAUCGCGGACCUGGUGUGCCUGUGCUGCCUCGUGGUGGCGUCGCACCGCGCGCACGUGCCCGACUACAAGCAGACCAUCAGCCAGAUCCAGGCGGCGGCGAUGGGCUGGCUGCUGGACGUGGCGCUGCCUAUCUACAAGCCGACGCGACACGACUACCAGCUCGCGCUCAAUAAGAUACUGUUCGUCGAGCCGGCGGACACAUACAGCAAGUUGGACAAUUGGCCCCCCGAGAGCGAACGCGUGCUCACACACCGGUUGUGCAGCGAGGCGCCGCUGCCGCAGGCCACGCUGCUGCGGCUCGUGUUCAUAGGCCUGCACAAGGAGAUCCCGAUCUCGCCAGCCGAAGCCCUCGACCUCUUCGAAACACUCGUACGCCGCUUAUGUGCGCUGCCGACGGAGCAGCGGCCGCUGACGCUGGAGCAGCCGGACCAGCUGCCCGACUACCUGUUCCAGCUGGCGCAGUUCCAGCCUGCUGAUAGUGUGCAGCUACCGGCAGGCUACACGGUCCCGCCGCUGGCCAUCAGCGCCCUCUACUGGCGCUGCUGGUGCGCGCUGGUGAUGCUGUGCGCGCACAGCCCCGGCGUGGCGCACGCGGCGGCGCAGCGCUACCCCACGCUGCGCGCGCUCAUCGACGCCGCCAUCACUGACAAACCCAGCAUAGAAUGGAGCGGCGCCUCAGCAGCCGAGGCGGAGGCGGAGCGCGCGGCCAUCCUGCAGCUGGAGGGGCACCUGGCGGCCGCCAGCCACGGCAAGCUGCCCGUCACCGAGCACAACUGCCGCCUGCUCAGCCAGCUAACAACCCUCGACCCGCUCGGUCCCGCCCGCAAACCCCCGGCCGGCGUACUCGAGGCCUUCCAGCAGCAAGCCUCAUCCCUGCGGCUGGGCGCGCUGCUGUGCCGGCAGCCCGCGCUGCUGCUGGAGCUGGUGCAGCGCCACGGCACGCGCCGCGCCAUGCCCUGGCUGCACCAGCUGCUGCAGCAGGAUCAGCUGCAGCUCAGCGUACUCCCAGUGCAAUGCCUCUGCGAGUUCCUAUCCGGCGGCGGCGCGUGGGCGGGCGCGGCGCGCGGCGAGCAGCUGGCCGCCCACCUGCGCCGCACCGUGGCGGACAGCGGCGCGGGCGCGCUGGCCGUGCUGCAGUACUACACGCAGCGCCUCGCCCACCAGCACAGGGCCACGCGCGCCCAGGCCAACAGGGGUCUGAAGCUGGUGCUGACGCAGGCGUCGGAGGACGGCUCCGAAGUCGACUAUAACGAGGACGUCGACCCCAUGGAAUGGAUAGAAGCGCUCUACACCCUCCCCCACUGGGAAUCAGUCCGUUCUACCGUCAUCUCGCACGUGCUGGUGGCGUGCCUCGCGGAGUGCCGCGCGCGCGCCGUGGCCGCCUACGUGGCGUGCCUCGCGCGGCACGUGCGGGACACGCCUGAGGAAGAUCAUGAUCAGCUGAUACUGGGCAUGAGCCAGCUGAUAAUGGAGCGCGGCACCAUCGUGAACAACAUGCUGCCCGCCCCCGGCGCCCCGCCCGCCCCCGCCCAGCACCAGGCGCUGCUGCACCUCACCAGCAUCUUCCACCACCACCUGCACAAGGUCCGCGUCCGCGACACAACCGACCCGUCCGCAUCGUCCGACUCGGCGGAGGGCGCGGACGCACUGACCGUGCGCUGGGCCGGCUGGAGCGCGCGCAUGCACACCACGCAGGCGCACGCGCACCUCAAGCUGCUGUGCUACGGGCCUUCUAAUUUGGACACAGAGCACAUGUACGAUUGGCUAGAAACAACCUGGAGUGAAGCCGCCGGCCCGCCCGAGCUGCUCCCUGAUUGGCUGAGACUGCACCUGGUGCGGUGCGCGCGCCCCACGCUAUUGGCCCUCGGGCUGCGUGACGUGUCGCCCAUGAAGCUGGCACUGUUUAUACAGACGUUUGGGGUGCCGGUGCCCGCUGUUACAGCCCUCCUCCAAGCGCUCGACCAGUGCCCAGCCUCCUCCGUAGCCCGCAUCGGCGUGGAGCGCGCCUACAUGUCGCUACUACUGCGCGUGCAGCGGGGGCGCGGCGCGCGCGGGGGGCAGGCCUUCGCCGCCGCCGCGCGCCUCGCGCCCGCCGAGCCCAUCCCCGAGGACACCCUAUUCGAGUCGCCCCCGGUCCCCACCGAGGCGGCGUCCCCCUGGGCGCGCCCCCCCGCGCCCCGCGCCGCGCCCCCGCCCCCGCCCGCCUUCGGGCAGGAGUCGCCGCUGCAGUUCACUGACAUGCUCACUAAAAUCAGCGCAGAAGUGAACCGUCCCGAAACUCCAUACACGACGUCAGUGAUCCAGUCGCUACUCACGCACGUGUCGGCGGGGCACACGCAGCCCUCGCCGCUGCUGCUGCGGGCGCUGCUCCCGCACACGCACGCGCACGCCACGCAGUUGCUGCAGAUCUCCGAAACCCUGCUCAAACAAUACAAGUGUGCAAUCGGCCCUCUAGUCAACAUCCUGCGUCAGAUGCGGCAGCAGGCGGCGGAGGCGGCGGGGGCUGCGGGGGCGGGCGCGGGGGGGAAGGGGGGCGAGGAGGACGACGUGGUGGUGUCGAAGGACGCGGAUACGGAGACCAUAGUGCGACUGCUGGAGUCGUGCACGCCGAGCACGCUAGAAGCCGUGGGCGAGCGCAUCAUCCGCACCGUGCCCACGCAGCGAGUAGUGGCCGCCGUGUGCGCCGUGCUGCAGAACAACAUGGCCGCCCAGUACGACGUCGAGAUAAAGGCGGAGCCCGGCUCGGUGGCGCCGCCGGCGCACGUGCUGUCGCGCGGCGGGCGCGGCACGGGGCUGCUGCUGGACUGGCUGGCGCAGCUGCAGGCCGACACGCUGGGCGCGCGCCCCGAGCGACAGAUGCGUCUGAUAUUCCGCGCGGGCUGCGCGGCGUGGCGGCCGCUGCUGGCCACGCAGCUGGCGCACCGCGCGUCGUGGCGCACGCUGCACGCCUGCCUCACCGCGCUGCUGCAGGACACAGACGGUUGGGCGCCGCACCUAGUCCUCCAGUUCGCGUCGACCCUCGCCCGCAGCCCGCGCGUGUGGCAGGGCCGCGACAAGGCCGCCGCCCGCCACCACGCCGCGCCCGAGCUGCUGCAGCUCAACCAUCAGCAGCUGUGCGUCCUAGUCCGCUACAUCCUAGAAGAGGGCGACGCGGCGUUUGCCGCCGGCGGCUACGAGGCGACCUGCCGCAGCGUGUCGGCGCGACUGCCGCUGCUGCUGCAGUGCUGCCGGGGAGAUAGUGCCUUGUUGUGUGCGGCCGCCACCGCGCCCACCACGCCUGCUGGUGUGGCGUUGCUGCUGCUGUUGUAUAUGAAGGUGCCGAAGAUCCUGCAGCUGGUCUCCUCCUGCCACGAGCGGCCGACGCGCGUGUCUCUGUCCCCCCCCGCGGAGCUGCAGCGCGCCGCCGCCGCCUUCCCCUGCGCCACCGACGCCGUGUCGCACUGCCUGCUGUGCGCGCAGACGCCGCCCGACAACGCGCCUAAAGACCACACGCAUAAGAUGUACCGCCUCGAAGGCGGCGUGCGCGCGCUGUGGGCGCGGCACCCGCGCGCCGCCGCCCGCGCCGUGCCGCUGGUGGCCGCGCUGCUGCGGGGCGCCGCCCCCCGCGCGCCCGCGCUCACGCACCUGCUGGCUGCCCUCGAGAUGGUGCCUGAUGACGCUCUCUUCUCGGAGGAACACACCAAGGAGCUGAGCGACAUCGUGGAGUGCCUGAUGUCGUACGCGGCGAGCACGAGCGGCGGCGCGCUGCUGCACCGCGCGGCCGCGCUGCUGCGCCGGCUGGCGGCGCAUGGGUCGGGGCCCGCGCUACUGCAGGCGCAUAGACACACUGUCGCUUCUAUCCCGGCGCUGAGCGGGCUGGUGACGGCGGGCGGCGACGCGGCGCCGUCGUCGGCCGCGCCGCCGCCGCACGCGCUGCUGACGCUGCAGCGCCGCCGCGACACCUACGACGAGCUGCAGGCCGCGCUGCAGGAGAUCGACCAAUGGGGCACGCGUCGCGGCGGCGCGUGGGGCGGCGCGGCGGUGGCGCGCAGCAUCCUGGCGGCCGCGGCGCCGCUGCUGGCCGCCCCCCACGCCGGCGCGCGCAAGGCCGCCGCCGCGCUGCUGGUCAAGCUGCUGCCCGCUGUCGAUGAUACUACGCCAGCGCUGCACGCCAUGCUAGAAUGCCUGGAGUCUCCACAAGCCGAACUCGCGCAGACAGUCCUAGACCGGCUGGGCGAGCUGGUGUGCGGCGCGCAGGAGCACGCGGCGCGGCUGCUGGGGCGCGUGUUCGAGCUGGGCGCGCGCGGCCGCCUGGCGCCCGACCAGGCCGUGGCCAAGUGUGUGUCCACCAUCAACCUGCUGCGGGGCUGCUAGUCGCGCUCGCCCACUGUCAAGAUGCUGCUGAGCCACCACCUCCGGAACCGCAUGUUUGCCGACUGAAGUGGAGUGACUGUGACAUGAGUCAUUAGUAAGUGUGGAUUGGCGGUUGGUGGAUUGUGUGGUGAUAGCGGUCUUGAGACAGGAUUGUGUAAAAGUGAGUGUUGACUGUUGAAGUUUAGUAACCUGCGAGUAGUGGGAAAUGUAACUCGCUGAAGCUGAAUUAAUUACUGUUAAGUUGUAACUACUAUAAAAAGUAUUAAAAUUAUUAAGGUUUCAAAACUGUAUAUAAGUUACCUAAGGCAAUGUAAUAGGUUUAAAUAUGAUAAAUAAAAUAGUUUUAAUACU